AUGUUGGACUGGAGAAGAACAAGAGCUGAAUACAGUUAAACUGCGUAAAGGCGCAGAAGCGCAGUCUCAGUUCCCACUGCAGAGAAUGGAGUUUAUUUAAGGAGUUUAAUUCCAUUAAAACACGCCUUGAAUACUUUAACCCUGAAUAACAGCUGCUGAAAAUGACAACCCUCGUCCUGGAUAACGGAGCUUACACAGCUAAGAUCGGAUACAGCCAUGAGAAAGUCAGUGUUCUUCCUAAUUGCCAAUUUCGCUCCAAAACUCUGAGGCUAAAAACCUACACUGCCAAUCAGCUGGAUGAAAUCAAGGAUCCAUCUGGCCUCUUCUAUAUUCUACCAUUUCAGAAGGGUUAUCUUGUUAACUGGGAUGUGCAGCGUAAAGUGUGGGAUCAUCUGUUCGGAAAAGAAAUGUUUAAGGUUGAUUUUGCUGACACCAGCAUAGUGAUAACAGAGCCCUACUUCAACUUCACCUCAAUUCAAGAGUCAAUGAAUGAGAUUUUGUUUGAAGAGUACCAGUUUCAAGCAGCAUUAAGAAUCAAUGCUGGAUCUCUGAGUGGCCACAGAUACUUCCAAGAGAACAAUUCAGAGUUGUGCUGCAUUGUGGUGGAUAGUGGCUUUUCCUUCACACACAUCAUCCCUUACUGUAGAGGAAGGAAGAUGAAGGAUGGCAUUUGCAGGAUCAAUGUAGGUGGAAAACUUCUCACCAACCACUUGAAAGAGAUAAUUUCUUACAGGCAGCUUCACGUAAUGGAUGAGACACAUGUGAUUAACCAAGUAAAGGAGGAUGUGUGCUAUGUAUCUCAGGACUUCUACAAAGACAUGGAGAUCGCUCAGCUAAAAGGAGAAGAAAACAUGGUGAUGAAGGACUAUGUACUACCAGAUUUCAGUUCCAUCAAAAAGGGCUUCUGUAAGCCUCGAGAGGAAAUGAAUUUCACAGGAAAGUAUAAGACAGGGGAGCAGAUCUUGAGGCUUACCAAUGAGAGAUUUGCAGUCCCAGAGAUGCUCUUCCAUCCUGCAGACAUUGGAAUCCAGGAGAUGGGCAUUCCAGAGGCUUUAGUCAACUCUAUCAACAAAAUGCCUGAAGAAAUGCAGCCCCACUUCUACAAUAAUAUUGUCUUGACAGGUGGUAACACCUUAUUCCCUGGCUUUAGAGACCGGGUAUACAAGGAAGUCCGUGCCCUCGCUCCUACAGAAUUUGAGGUUUCUGUAGUACAGCCACAGAAUCCAAUCUGCUAUGCAUGGGAGGGAGGAAAGCUUUUAGCAGAAAAUCCAGACUUUGAAGAGAUGGUUGUCACACGAGACGAUUAUGAAGAGAAUGGACAUUUUAUAUGCGAGGAAAAGUUUGACAUUUGACCUUCAAAUAACUGCAGUAAUAUUACUCUGUUUAAUGUUUCUUCUGACAUCUUUUGUGGCAGAAAUUAUGGUGUACUGCAACUAUGAAUCUGAUAGUUGUUAAAUUUGUAAGGUGUUUUGUAUUGUGCUCAAUGCCUAAAAUAUGUGAGGAAAUAAAUAUGUUUUCAUA